UGUUGAUAGUUUCGCAAUCUUUUAGUCUUAUUCUAUCUCUAUGAGAUAAUGUUGACUUAAUCUACUUUUAUAUGUACAAUUAGCCUCGAGCUUUUUACUGUCAAAUUUAACAUGGCUGAACUCUUUCGGCAAUUCCUCCCAUUAUUUAUUUCUGAUAAAUGCAUGAAUGAAUUCUUCGUUAAGUUUAAUUUACUGGAUGCUGAUUGUUUGAAGCAAACUAUAAGUAAAGCUUUAGGUACAGGAAUAAUUCUUGGCUCUACUUUAGUUAAAUUGCCACAAAUUAUUAAAAUUGUGAAUGCUAAAAGUGCUGAAGGCCUCAGUUUUCUUGGUAUAUUACUUGAACUGAUUGCUAUUACAUCUACUGCAUCUUAUAAUUAUGCUAAAGGCUAUCCAUUUAGCUCCUGGGGAGAGUCAUGUUUUUUAUUAGUAGAAACGGCCAUUAUUGGCUUUUUAGUUUUGCUGUACAGUAGCCGAAUUCGGCAAGCCAAUACUUUUGCUCUGCUCUAUAGUGUUGUUUCGUAUAUACUUUUUAAUGGACUUGUGCCCAUCUCAGUCUUAUGGAACAUGCAAGUUGCAAAUGUGCCGAUAGUGGUCGCUGGUAAAAUGAUUCAAGCGGCGAAGAACUAUCAGAACGGCCAUACCGGGCAAAUAUCCGCCAUUACGGUAUUCUUGCUCUUCUUGGGAUCCAUGGCUCGGAUCUUCACUUCCAUUCAAGAAACUGGUGAUCCUGUGAUUAUCUUCACUUUCAUCAUCGCAACUUUGGCCAACGGCGUCCUGGCUGCCCAGGUUCUUUACUAUUGGAAGGCGACUGCACGUGUACUCUUGGAGAGAGAGAAAAAGAAGGCGUAACUUUCUAUCGAAGUCGUCAAUAAUCGCAUUUCAGUAAAUGCAGUUCGUCAGCAAUAUUUUUUCAUCGUGACUAAUUUAUCUUGAGUAAGCCAUGAAAUUUUGCACUGCUAAAAAUCAAGUUUAGUAUUUCACCAAGAAGUUGGUUUACAUCUUGCAAAAUUUAGCUAUAAUCAUCUUACUGGUGAAAAUUAUUACCAAUAAGAUCAGGAUUGCAGAAUUUUGUUAGGUUUAACUUAUUUCUUAGUGAAUCAUUGAACUUUUAACAGUGUGGAUGAAAAUUUGGACUACGGAAUACAGCAUUAUUGAUGUAAUUUAUUGAAUAACUUUUGAUUUUUGUACACAAUUUAAUACUUUUAAAGAAUAUAAAUUUUUAGACAAGGGCAGUUACUUGUAUUUCAAACAAUAAUUGAGGAUUUCUUUUAGCAAUAUUCUUUUUGUAACGGUGAUUUUGUUUUAAUGUGAAUAUGACACUGUGCGAUAAUCGCAUGAAAGAACGAAUUUCUGAUUCUUACAAUAAAAUGUUUACUUGAAGUUUUGAAGCGCUUUGAUUUUUGUUUGAAUUUAUCAGUUGGAACAAGAAAAUAUUGAAUUUCUGAGUAUGAAUUAGGUGACUAAAUAACGAGUAGAAGUUUUUUGAUUUACUCUGAGUUUUGUAAAUUACUAAUUUCAAGGGUU